AUGCACGAUCUUCCGGCUUCUAUAUUGGUCAGGUACCAGUCUAUAUUGUUCUGUACCCCAAAUAUACGUGCUAUUAUCAAGGCGGACAAACUGGUUAUUCUCGAGUCAUUAGAAGCGGAAACUGAACACAAAGACGACUCAGAAACGAGUAUUACUGUACAAAAUGUUGUAUCGGAUAUACAGCAUAUUGGUUCACGGGUACAUGAUGGCCACGACAACGGCGGUGUAACUCCGUUUGAAUUCAUUGUGCUCGAAUCUCUACUGUCACAGGAAAUCCACCAUCUUUCCCAAACAUCUUCCGAGCUUACUGAUCGCGUAAACACGCUGCUCUCGUCAAUGUCAUCGCAAGACGUGAUCUCGACUGCCCAUAUGCAGGAGAUGAUCGAAGUCAAGGAUGCAAACGAGAUAUUCCUACGCGCAGCUACUAGUGUGAAGGACGCUAUUUCUGAAGUUCUUUCGGAACCGGAUGACAUGAGGAGAAUGUAUCUGACUGGAAUCAGUGCCGGACGCCCACGAGAAUAUGGUGACGACGACGAAAUAGAAUUGCUCCUUGAAACGUAUCUCAAGUACUCGACCUCUCUGACACUAACUGCCUCAAGAAAUCUACAGCGUUUGAAUUCGGCAUCUCAGCACCUUACGCUACUCUUAUCUUCAACACGUAACCGGCUACUCCAUCUUGAGAUCCGAUUAGAGAUAGCUAUGUUAGCUAUGUCAGCUGGAGCGCUACCAGCUGCGAUCUUUGGAAUGAAUCUGACUAGCCAUCUUGAAGAGCAUCCUUGGGCAUUUUGGGCAGCUACAGUUGGGAUUGGAAUGAUCGCAUUCAUAGCUACGCAAAUAGGUCGCUAUGGUUUGCGCAAGGCUCGUCGCGUAAAAAUGGAGCAAGCAGGGUUAUUGGCUGGAAGCAAACACGAGAUCUCAAGCUUAACCCAUUAUCCAUAG